AUGCCUCUGUGGACCAGAAUAGUCCUGGUGGCCGUCGCCUGCUCGUCCUUGGCGGUGUCCCCCGGCGCCGGAUGCGGGCCGGGCCGGGGCUACGGCCGGAGGAGGCACCCGAAGAAGCUGACGCCUCUCGCCUACAAGCAGUUCAUCCCCAACGUGGCCGAGAAGACGCUGGGGGCGAGCGGCCGCUACGAGGGCAAAAUCACGCGCAACUCGGAGCGCUUUAAAGAGCUCACGCCCAACUACAACACGGACAUCAUCUUCAAGGAUGAGGAGAACACCGGCGCCGACCGGCUCAUGACUCAGCGCUGCAAGGACAAGCUGAACUCGCUGGCCAUCUCCGUGAUGAACCAGUGGCCCGGCGUCAAGCUGCGGGUCACCGAGGGCUGGGACGAGGACGGCCACCACUUCGAGGAGUCCCUUCACUACGAGGGCCGGGCGGUGGACAUCACCACGUCGGACCGCGACAAGAGCAAGUACGGCACCCUGUCCAGGCUGGCGGUGGAGGCCGGCUUCGACUGGGUCUACUACGAGUCCAAAGCCCACAUCCACUGCUCGGUCAAAGCAGAAAACUCCGUGGCGGCCAAGUCCGGAGGUUGCUUCCCGGCAUCCUCCACGGUCACCCUGCAGGACGGCUCCACCAAAGCGGUGAGGGACCUCCAAAGCGGGGACAAGGUCCUGGCAGCGGACGCCGAGGGCAAGCUCCUCUUCACGGACUUCCUCACGUUCAUCGACCGGGACUCGACCACGCGGCGGCUCUUCCACGUGGUGGAGACCGCGGCGGGCCACCGGAUCGCGCUGACCGCCGCGCAUCUCCUCUUCGUGGCCGACAACUCCACCGGGAGCCGCGGAGCGUCCACGGUGUUCGCCGAUCAGGUGCGGCCGGGCCAGGAGGUGCUGGUGCCGGACGGCGAGCGACUCCGGCCGGUGACCGUGGCGCGGAUUUCCACGGAGGAACACGUCGGCUCCUACGCGCCUUUGACCGCGCAAGGGACGCUGGUGGUGGACCGGGUGCUCGCGUCCUGCUACGCCGUGGUGAGCAGCCACGAACUGGCGCACUGGGCGCUGGCGCCGCUCCGGCUCGCCCAUUGGGUGUCAUCGGUGCUCACCGGCGCCCACGCCCGUAACUAUACGCACGAGGACGGCGUGCACUGGUACUCCGAGGCGCUGUAUCACUUCGGAACGUGGCUCUUGGACCCUCACGCCUUGCAUCCACUCGGCGUGUCCAGCUGAAACCAGACUUGAGGACCAGACUUUUCCCACACGCGAUAGAUAAAUAAAUACAUACAUACAUACAUAAAUGUAGGACUCUCCAGUAGAUGAAAUAAUAAUAAUUAAAAGAAAGAGAAGGAAAAAAAAAAAACCUCGACAAAGGCCCCAUGCAGUUGGAGUUGAUGAUGGGAUAUUUAUUAUUAUUUCUGUGACUUUUCUAUACCAUGACGACGACGCGUCCCCCUUUCAAAGAACGAAUGGAGCCUUAAAAGAGAGAAAGAGAAAAAGUUUGAAUAAUUUAUUCUCACGUGAACUGUUGGCUGCGGAGAAAAGUGUGCAUAAUCUAUUUUUGUAUAUGUCCGAUGCAAAACCAUACAAGAAAUGACACACACACACACGAAAAAAAUAGUCAAUAACGGCAAAAAGAAAGAACACGAAGCUAACUCUUGACAGGUUGUAAUGUUCAUAAUGUGCAUAUAUAUAUAUAUCUAUAUAUGUAUGCGUGCGUGCGUGUGUGCAACUGGCAUAUUUUGGGGGAAGAACAAACUCGGCGGGAUUCCAUAAAUUAUAUUUUUAUACACAGAAUUGUAAAUUAGAUUUUGACAGAUCGCUACCGAAUUUCAAAUAGUGUAAAGAUAUGAGAAUAUAUUUUAAUUUAAAUACAGUAGUACUGGGGGAAAGUGUUGGAAAUUUAAGAAGAGAAAAAAAAACCUUGUACUUUUUGAGGGUUGUCAGAUAUAUUCUGCCUCAAAUCUGCAUUCUGAAUUUUUUUUUUUUUUUGGUUGUUGCUAUUGUCGAUUUUAUUUUCGUUUCCUUCUGAGAAUACACACAAAAAAAAAAUCUGAUUCUGACAAUUCGGUAAGAGAUACAAGCCGUACUGCUUCGUUGAGAGAAUGAAUAAUUAACUCGUGUAAAUGUACUAAAAAAUGUAUUUUCCUUUUUUUUUCCUCCAUAUUUUUAAUUAAAAAAAUAAUCAUAGGCAAAUAGUUUUAUAGAGAUGUGGC